AUGGCAGAUGAAAAUUCUGAAGAAAAUAUUAGAGACGUUGCUUUGCGUUUUUGUUUAGAAGAGGAGAAACAACGUAAGACUAAUAUAAAUGAAACACAUGAAUGUUCAAUUGUUAUUGUUGGUACUAAAGGUGUCGGUAAAACUACUAUCGUACAUCGAUUUCUUGAAAAAGAUGAAACACCAAAACCAACUAUCGCGAUGGAUUACUCUUUUGGGCGUAAAGCUGGAAAGAGUUUAAUAAAAAAUAUCGUGCAUGUUUGGGAAGUAGGGCAUUUAACUUCUUCGUUAGUGUCAGCUGCAAUAACAGGUUCGUCUCUGACUCAUUCUCCUCACCACGUCACGAUAUUUCUUAUGCUCGAUUUAUCACAACCGGAGAUUUUGUGGUCCACGUUUGAGGAGACUCUCUCGGUAGUUCAUAAUGCAAUAAAAAUGAGUUACGACGAUAAAACAAUUCAAGAACUUAAGUAUCGGCGUAUUAAGGAGCAAAAAAAAGGACUGGAAAAAGAAGUCGAUCCAUUUCCAUUGAAACUUUGUAUUAUAGGUGGAAAAUACGACCAAUUUAAGGAUUUAAACUUGGGUAAAAAAGAGAUAGUCGGAAAAACAUUAAGAGCUGUAGCUCAUUUUUUAGGAGCAGGACUCUAUUAUCAUUCCUCAAAAGAUAAAAUACUAAUACGAAGAACUAAAGACUUAUUAUCUCACUAUGGAUUUGGCACUCAACUUUCUGGUGGCAAGUGCACUGAUUACGAAAAGCCAUUAAUAAUAUUUGCCGGUUCAGACUCCUUCUCGUCGAUCGAUUUGCAAUUUCUUCAGACGAGACCUUCGGCGAUUUUAGAUACCAUCAAACAGAUUUACGUUACCCGUGUGCCGCAAGAAUCCAGAAGCAACGAAAUUAUUUUGGAGGAUCCAAGUAACGACCCCAACUUUAAUGAACCAAUCAUCGAUAGAUUACGGGCUCAGAGAGAAGAGGAAAUUAGUAUUCUCCUCCACGAUAUGUUGGAAGGCCGGAUACCUCAAAUUCCCAUUCCAGAUCCAUCAUAA